CCCGUGGUUCACAGUCAGUCAUGAUCAGGUGGCUGAUCACCUUGUCAGGAGAGACCUCUUUUGCUGCCUGUUCACUGCCUUGAGCACUGCUGACCAUGUCCUGCCGGACGAAAAUAACUCCGGUGCCAUGGAGCAAACUUGGGAUUCUUACAUCAAUUCCCUAAAUCGGAACUCCUUACCCAGACAAGUGGAGGUGACCGAGGGAAGCUAUUUUUCAGGGUCCCUCGAAAACCUGUCAUUCUCCAAAGGGGAUGUCAUCACGGUGGUUGACCUGGAGCCGAUUCUUGUCAGAGCAGAAGUGAAGGACGGUGAGCGAGUUCUGGACUUGGUCGAUAUACCUCUCGGAUACGAAGGGAACUUCCAACUGGUUGCAGACCCGGUUUCUUUUGAAACUGUGGCUGAUUUAAUCCAUUCUGUCCGACUUCCCCAGAGUCCUGUGGCCCAUAGAAGUCCUCCCCGCUUCCAGAACUUAAUCCCCAUCUCCACAGAUGAUGUGCCCAUGAAGCUCAGGAAAGGAGAAACACUGUCCUUAAUUGGCUUUGAAGAGAGUCAGGGGAGGAGGCUGCUACGAUGCGAGGUGCUGAGGAAGACGCCCCCCCUGAAACUGCUCCUCCCCAUGGACUGCAGGGGCCACUUCCUGGAAUGCCAGGAUGACCAGCUCUACUCCAUUGACACCAUCGUGAGGUGGAAGCUGCUUGCAGGGAGGAAGCGCAGGGUUAGGGUGCAAGCCGGACAUCGCCUGAGGCUUCUUAGCCCCCUGGUUCCAGAGCACUUCCGUGGACAUUUAGUUUUGCAUCCCUGUUUCUCAGUGAUGGCAUAUCUGCCAGGUGAGACCCAGGUUAGCAUCCCCUCCGAUCUGGACAUCAGUGUAACUGAGAUCGCCGGCUUAGAUCGUAAGCCCAGGACAACAAUGAGGCAAAUAUUCAGCAUGGAAGAAAACAAGUUCCCAGUGAGAAUCAAAAUAACUAGCGUGGUCCUGACGGAGAACGAGGUGUGCCCAAAGCCUCUGAAGUGUGGGCAGCUCUUAACCAUCCUCAGGACAGAGAAUGUGAGGAAAUUCGUCGCCACUGAGAUUUCCCAAGGAAAGAAAGGGAGGCGUUUUCUCAUCCCGUACACCUAUCAGGGUCUGGUACAUAGGAGAGGCCGUUACUUUUAUGCUGUCUCUGAUGUCGCUGCUGCCAUGCAACACGGACAGGUCUACUUCCAGGCCUCCAGGGACUACACCUCCUUCCUGGGGCCUUCCGCAUCUUUCGCAGCCGACGAGUGCUUCCUGGCCCUGAAGAAGACUGUGGUGUUCGCCAAGUUUCACAAUGAGCUGCACAGGGUGAAGGUCCUCAAGUGCCUGAACAUUGCCACCAAAGACCAGGUCAAACUGCCUUUGUUCGCAGUAGGAGAGUUCCUGGAGCUGUUCGAUGGCGCUGGACCAGGGACCCUGCAGGAGCUAUGCCAAGUCACGAGACUGCCGUGCCACGUCAGCGUGGCCAGCCCGGAUCCCUCCAUGACUGAGGAGGAGGAGGACCCCCUGUAUGGAACUGAGGAGCUGAGAAUUGAAAAUGUCGUCGUUGAACGAUGCCUCAUAGCCAAAGAUGAACCGUCUCUGGAGGACAUGAUCGCCUCAGGGGACAUAUACAGGGAGUGGCCAGAAGCCACAUUUGCAAUCCCGAUUGAGAAGUCAAGCUUCGAGGUCUCAGUGGUAGAAGAGCCUUCCUGGAUAGCUGAUGUCGAGAAAGAGAGAUGCACGCCUCUCCAGAGCAUCCAGGAAGUCACCGAAAAGUCUCUGGCCUUCAGUAAUUGCUUGGUUAUCCCCCGUCCUCCUCCACUUGCUCCAAAGCUCAGAGGUCUGUUUUAAAAACAGAAAACGUGACUGUCAUCCCUCCCUUUGUUUACAGAAUCAUCAGCUGAGUGUUUGGAGUUUUCCAGAGCUAAAGGGAGCCCCCAGAGGUGGGAGCCUGGAUCACAGGUGUCAACGAGACACUAUUUCCAUCACCCCUGAACAUUUGCUGUAAGAUGUGUUAUCGUUCUGUCACUGUGACAAAAUGCUUGAGAUAAUCAACUCAUGAGAGGAAAAGGUUCCUUUUGGGCUCA